AUGUCGACGACAGCAGGGAACGAUCCGCUCACAGCAGGCCUCAGUGCCGUGCCCGUUCAACACGAAGACAAGAGUCAAGUGUCUCUGAGAUUGCCGAUGUUGAUUGGCAUCAACCUGAGUGAUCCCAUUUUCAGAGGCGUCUACCACGGCAAGAAGGCACACGACGAUGACCUACCACAAAUUGUCCAGCGCGCUUUGGGGGCUGGCUGCCGGAAGCUCAUGAUCACAGGCUCCGACCUUGAAGAGUCUCAGAAGGCCAUUGACUUGGCUGAGCAAUACCGUGUGUUGACAUCGAUACUUGACGCAGAUAGCAAAUGCUUACCCAUUGACNNAGCUGGUCUUUGCUACGCUACCGUAGGAGUCCAUCCUUGUUCCGCCACGACUUUCGACAAGUACGAGCAAGGCCCCGAUGCAUUACUAUCUGCUCUCCGCGACCUCGCCCUCAAGACCAAGGCUGCUGGAACCGCGGCAGCGUACGGCGAGUUUGGUCUGGACUACGAUCGACUACACUACGCCGACAAGGACACCCAGAUCAAGUACUUUCGCAAGCAACUCGACAUCGCCGUCGAGGUACAGCUUCCCUUGUUCUUACACUCGCGUGCAGCAGCAGAAGACUUCGAAGCAAUCCUGAAAGAGAGACUCGACGAGCUGCCGAAGAGAGGAUGCGUACACAGUUUCACAGGAACAUUAGAGGAGAUGAAGAACAUUGUGGACAUGGGCUUUGACGUCGGCAUCAACGGGUGCAGUCUGAAGACAGAAGAGAACGUCCAGGUGGUCAAAGAGGUUCCACUGGAACGACUACAGAUCGAGACCGAUGGUCCUUGGUGCGAGAUGCGGCCUUCGCAUGCUUCAGCCAAGUACCUCAAAGAUGCACCUCAGCUGCCCAAAGCCGUCAAGAAAGAGAAAUGGACAACCGAAAACAUGGUCAAGGGCAGGAAUGAACCAUGCACCAUCCCUAACGUGGCUUAUGCUAUUGCCAACAUCAAGGGCAUCUCGGUCGAGGAGGUAUGCGAAGCCGCAUGGAACAACUCGAUCAAGAUGUUUGGACUUGGUGAGAAAUAG